CAGCUCCACAUCAUCCCAUCCUCAUUGUCUCUCAUUAACUCUUAUUUCCGCUUCUUCAGUCAUGGUGGUUCUAUCUCAAGGGACGAUAGACCACCUUGCCUUCAUCAAGAUGUGCAAGCCGAGCAGCGCCAUCUUCGACGGGGUCCCCAUCGUCGACCUGUCAAGGCCCGACGCUGGGGCGGCCGUGGUCCGGGCAUGCCAGGAGUUCGGGUUCUUCAAGGUGGUGAACCACGGGGUCCCACCGGACGUGGUGGAUAGGUUGGAGGAUGAGGCGGCCAGGUUCUUCAGCUUGCCGCAGUCCGAGAAGGACAACGCCGGUCCGCCCGACCCUUUUGGUUAUGGGAGCAAGCGGAUUGGCCCGAACGGCGACGUUGGCUGGAUUGAAUAUCUCUUCCUACACACCAACUCUAGUGAGGAUGACAAGAAACUGUCCCUCCCCUUUUCUCACGGAAACCAGGAAUUUCUCCUACGUGCAGUGGAGGAUUACGUGAGAGCAGUGAAGCAGGUGGCGUUCCGAGUGGUGGAACUGAUGGCCGACGGGCUCGGAAUAGAGCCGAGGGACGCACUGAGCAGCAUGUUGAGGAGCGAGGCGAGUGACUCAUGCUUCAGGCUGAACCACUACCCGCCGUGCCCGGAGCCGCAAGCAUUGAGCCGGAGCGGUUGCAACUUGAUCGGGUUCGGGGAACACACCGACCCGCAAAUAAUCUCAGUCCUGAGAUCCAACAACACGUCGGGCCUCCAAAUAUGCCUCCCGGAUGGAGCUUGGGUCUCUGUUCCCCCUGAUCACUCCUCCCUUUUCAUCAAUGUUGGUGAUUCUUUGCAGGUAUUGACCAAUGGAAGGUUCAGAAGUGUGAAGCACAGGGUGUUGGCUGACCAUGGACAACCAAGGAUCUCAAUGAUAUACUUUGGAGGGCCAGCUUUGGAUGAAAAGAUAGCACCUUUGCCCUCCCUGCUGGCAGAGGGGGAGAGCAGCCUGUACAAGGAGUUCACAUGGUCUGAGUACAAGAGAUCUGCUUACAAGUCUAGGCUGGCUGAUUACAGGCUUGGGCUCUUUGAGAAACCAAGGGUCCAGUGAUCAUUUUUCUUGCUCAAGAUUCAAGAAAGAAAAAAAAAAAACAAAAUUUACCCCCAUUGGAGCAAGAUUGUUUACUAGGGUUCUUUUGUUUUUCCCCCCUCUUUGAAGUUAUUCUACUUGCCAAAGAUUGAAAGCCAAACAGGGGUUUGAUUGUUUCUUUCUUGACUAGUUUCUCCUUUGCCAACCUUUUCCCUCAUUAAUUAGGGUUUUGCUCAUCUCCUU